AAAAAAAGUAACAAUGUUAAUUUCGCGAAACAAAUUCACAGUAGGUCACGUGCUAAAAAAUAGCAAAACAUAAAUAUCCAAGGAUAUCUUGAGCUAUUUGUUAUACCCAGUGAGCCUUGUCUAAUAAAUUUAUCUUCAGAAUGACGACAACAAAAUAUCGAAAGAGCCAAAUGAGGCCUGAUUAUGAAACGGGUUUUCGUUUAUUAAAUGAUGAUCAUCAACAACAACAACGUUACUAUCACAAUGUCAAUAACAAUUACGAUUACAAAAAUAAUAAUAAUCAACCAUUACCACGUGCACCAGAACCAUAUAAAAUAUCAUCAUCAUCAACAACAUUAUCACGUGCCCAUCGUCGUUCAAGUUUUGUUAUAAUAACUGAAAAUGAACAAUCAAACAAUCACAAUGAAAUAAUUGAUAAUUCACCAACAAAUAAUAUUAAUGGACAUUUAAAAAUUCCAUUAUCACCAUCAAGAAUUAUCAAUCGUGGUAGAUCAUCACCAUUUAGACCUCGUGGUUUCAAGGGACCAUUGCCACAUGCACAAUCAAGACCACCAAGUCCACCACCAUCAAAACCAACGCAUCGUCGACGUUACAUUAAACCAAAGUCACUUUCUCAAGGAAAUAGCCCAAGAAAACAGUCACUUAUACCACAACCCCGUGGUGGACAAAUAACAAUGCGUAAUAAAAUUACAAUUAAACAACCAAGUGAAGGAGGACACUGGGAUCGUCGUGAUAAUAAUAAAAAAAUUAUAACAAAUAAUAAUAUAAAUACAAAAAUACCACGUUCAAAUUCAUUAAAAUUUAAAUUAUCACAACAACAAAUACGUCGUCCAUUAAUUGAAUCAACUAAAACCAAAUUAAUAAAUAAUAAUAAUAAACAAAAUAAAUUAUUAAGUAAUAAAAUAAAACCACCAAAACAAGCAAUUAAAUCACCAACAAAAAUACCAAUUAGAAAUUCAUUAUUAAAUCAUACAAAUGAACGUUUUGUUCAAGUUGCCAAUAUAGAUAAAAAUAAUAUUAAUAUUGAUAAUAAAAAUAGUAAUAAUAAUAGUAAUGAAAAAUUAAAUAAUAAUGAUAAUUUAUCACCAAUAGUAACUGAUGAAUCAUCAGUAAUUAUUGCUGGUAAUAAUAGUAUAAAUAAUAAAAAUGAUAAAAAAAAUAAUGAUAAUUUAAAUGAUGAUAUUGGACUUGUUGAUUUGCUUAAACAAUCAUCUGGUGCAUCUGGUACAUCAAGUGUUGUUAAUGCAGCAACAACAACAGCUGUACAACCAUUACGUAUUGAUGCAUCAACAAUAUUACCCCAAGAAGUAACUGAAAUUAAAAAUAUAAUAAAUAAUGAUAAACCAGAUAAUAGUGUUAAUAAAUUAUCAAUAAUAAAUAAUGGUGGUGAAAAAAUAAUUGUUGUUGUAAAAAUAAAAGAUAAUAGUAAUGAUAAUGAUGAGAUUAAAAAUACAAAAUUAAAUAGUAUUGAUACUAAUAAACAAGCAAAUAAUGAUACUAUUGAUUUACAUGAUAGUAAUAAUACCAAUCAUAAAGAUAAUCAUCAAGAUAUUAUAAAUAAAUUAAAUGCAAUUGAUAAUAAUAAUAUAACUGAAGAAAAAAAUAAACAGGAUAAUCAACAAACAUCAUCAACAACAGCAACAACAACAACUGCAAUUGUUAAAAAUGAUAAUAGUAAUAUUAAUAAUAGUAGUAAUCAUGGUAAACAUGAUAGUCAAGUAUCAUUGAAAUCAAAUGAUUUAUCAAUAAAUUCAAUAGACAGUAUUAAAUCAGCAGAUACUGGUGUUAGUUUAAAUACAGUACGUGGUGUAUCAUCAGCAAGAGAAAAACAUGGUACACAUGUUGUUAAUAAUAAUGAAGAAAUUGAAACAUUAAGUGGAAAUAUAACUAAAAUUGAUAAUGAAAAUAAUGAACCAGCUGUUAUUCAGGUGACAAAUAAUACAACUGGAUUAAAUUCAAUUGAUGAUGUUGAUGGUAAUAAAAAUUUGACAAAAAUUCAAAAAUUACGUAAUUGGAAAAAUUCAAUUGUCAAAAGAUAUCGUGAAAGAUAUAGAAAUAUGAAGUGUUUUCAUUGGAAUAAAAUUAAUAAACAGAAAAAAAAAAAUAUUGAAAAAACAACAAAUGAUCCAAUUAAUUUACAAAAAAAAAAAAAUAUUUGUUCAAGAUUUACGGCUGCUUUUUGCAGAAAUUUUCGUAGAAAAUCUAAAAUAGCACCAGCUGAAUCGACAAAUUGCUGCAGAAAAGAUGGUGGUUGUUGUAAAUUUUUAUGCAAAAAACCAAGUUGGUGUAGAUGGCCAAGUUGUUGUAAAUCAAUUUGCAGUUGUUCAUGUUGUCGAAGACGUGAUGAUGAAAAAAGUGAAAGAUCAAGAAGUAUACGUGCCAAACACAGCUUGACCAGUAUAGCACCACCCCAAAUAUCAGCGGAACAAAAAUCCAAGAUACCAGAGGUACUGGUGGAGCAUAGUUCUGUUAUGCGUGGAGCUAUUCCAUGUCUUCCAGUGCCCUUGGCAUGGUUCUGUUUAAUCUGGAAUAUACUACUUCCUGGUUCAGGAACAAUUUGGAGUGGUAUAUUUAAUUUAUGCGUUGGUCAACCACGUUUUGCUGUGACAACAAGUGCUAGAGGAAGAUUUGGUGCUUUUAUUGUUAAUAUUAUUGUUGGUAUUAGUCAAUUAUUUACUGUACUAUUUUGUCUUGUUGGCUGGGGUUGGAGCAUCUGGUGGGGUGUCACCAUGCUACGUCUUGCAAGAAAGUGGAAAAGGUUCAAGGCUUCAGAGGCAAUAAAUGGUGACCCAGAAUCACGUGACGGUGGUGGAGUCUUACCUGCACCUGGAGUUCCAGUACAAGCUCUAAGAGGUGGUGAACGUGCACGUUGAUAAUAAUCAACAAAUAUUGUUUUUUUUCUAUUUAAACAUUCGUUUAACUUUUUCUUUUUUUCAUCAAUCAGCAUAUUUUUAUCUUUAUAUAUGCUUAAUUGUAAAUAUUUUUUUUUCUUUCAUUUAUUAUUAUUAAAAAUAUAUUUAAAAAAUAUUAAAAUUUUAAUGAAAAAAAAUAAUAAUUAAAUAAUGCACAUAUUGAAUAAUAAUUGUUUCGUGUAGAGUCAAUUUUGUAAAUAAAUAUUAUAACGACCAAUAAAAAACAAAUGUUUGAAUAAAAAUAAUUUUUGAAAAUUGACGAAUCAUCUACUCGAAGUGACAAAAUAAAAAUAAAAAAUAUUAUUUAUCUAAAUAAAAGUAACUAAAAAAAAAAAUAAACAGGAAGUUUUUUUUUCAAGUAAUGAUAUUAAUUAAUUGAUUAAUUAAUUAAUGAUGAUGAUGGUGGUGGUGUGGGUGUAAAUUAAUGUUAUUAAUGUAUAUAUAUAUAUUCAGUAUGUAUUACAUGUUUAAUGAUGUGAUUUUCAUAUGUAAAAUGCACAAGUAUAUAAUGUUAAUUUAUAUAAUGGAUGUUACAGUGUGUCUAUGUUGGUACGGUUGAUUUUCAUUUUUAAAUAUUUCAAACUUUUUUAAUAAAGUUGUCCGCUUUUAGUUUAAAACUUAAAUGUUAAUUACACAAAUAUUUCAUGUUUUUUAGUUGUUUUUUUUUUUUCAUAUAUCAUUGUUGUUAUUGUUGUUGGUAUUUUCAUUUAUCUUUUUAUAUAUAUUUGUUGUUUAAAAAGACUAGCAGCUAAAGCCUAGGUAAUAUUAUUAUUUGUUUAUUUAAUUAUUUAAUGAUAAUUUAUUUAUGUCACUGCAUGUGUUUUUGAUAUGUUUUAAAUAUUUGGCGAGUGAGUGUAACGUAUGAUUUAUCAAAUAAAAUAUAUGCCAGAUGAUAUUAUAAAUUUUGUUUUUAAAUUUUUUUUUUUAUCAUUUAAAAUUUUAAUGGUAAAAUAACAAUGUUGUUAAUUAAUUGUUUUAUUAUUUAAAUAUAAAUUAAAUAAACAGUCAAAUCAUAAAAUUAAAUACAUAACAAUAUAACCAUUUGUUUGAUAUUAUUUUUUCUUUAUAAAUAAAUCAAGAAAAAUUAAAUUUACAAUUUUUAAUUUGCUCAUUUAAAUUUUUUUUUAAUAUAUAUAUUUCUUUUUUUUCAUUAUUUAAUUUCCUAGUCGAUAGGUAUUACAUAUUUAUUGGCAAAUUAAAAAAAAAAAAAUAAAUAAAUAAAUUUUUCAUGACAAAUUGGAAUAGAGCAUUGUGCUGACUAUUUUAUACAGGAUAUAAUAAUCCUUUUAUAAAUAUUAUUUAAUUUUUUUUUUUUUAAAACACGAAUCACAUGUUAUUUAAAAUUAUUAUUAUUUUUUUUCUAUUUUUCAUCUAUUUAGCCUCUCGCUCUCUCGCUCACUCGCUCAAGUAUUUAUUUUUAAUUAAUUAAUUUAUUAUUUUUCGCUUUCGGCUAGACGGUGGUACACUUGGUAGGGUGCUCAGGGCUGCUAGGCACAUAUAAUUGACUCGCAAAUAACUCUUUAAACAACAUUAGAGCGUACGACAUACAU